UAUGCAUUAUGUACACACAUAGUAAAGAAGAUGAACAAAGUAUAAUGAUGCUUCCAAUGGAAGUAACCGAGCCUUCUGAAACAAGUGAUGGGACUGAAGAAAUAAGAAGACGAAAACGAUCUGUGAAUAAGAAUAAAACAUACAAACAGAUUAUCGACUUAUCAAAAUUUAUGCUGAUCUCAGUAGAAAAUUUUGCUGCAAUUGGACAAACUGAAAUUAUUUUCAAUGGACGCCAAUUACCUUGCACUCUCUUUACUGCAACGAAACUAUCGUUUAAGCAGAAGGCUUGGAUAUCAUUAAUUAUACUUGGAUCAAUUGGGACUACAACUGCAAUUGCUGGAAACUACGUCUUACUUUUAAAAAAUAUAUCAAAUAUAUUAAAAUCCUGCUCUGCACAUUAAAACCAGAUUUAAUAAUUGAUUUAAGUGAUAUAAAGCAAAUCAAAUAUAAUUUGUUUUUUAUGUAAGUUGGGGCUUGGGAAGAGACUGUGAGGAGUCUUAAAACUCCCAACGAAU